AUGGGGUGGAAUGAGUGCUUUCGUUUUGAAAGGGAUUUUGGGAGAGAAGAGGAGCAGUAUGUUGGGCACACGCAGUGGGGAGCCAGGGGACUGAGACUAUGUGACAGACAGCUAAGCCGAGGCUGGGCAGGCUGGGGUAGAGCCCUCCAUGUCCAUGUGAGUAGGUCUCAGAAUCAUACGGCUGUGUUCUCCAUCAUAGCUGCUUUGGCCAGCGGGCCACCACCCUCCCACUCUCCCCCUGCAGAUGCAGUGAGCUGGGCCCAAGGACACCCCAGCCACCCUGACACACCUCCCAACAUCUACGAGGGGGGACUGGGGACCCAGCAGCAGCAGUGCCCCAGUGCCCAGGGAAGCAAGCCCAAGAACUUCCGGCUGCGCCACCUCCGGGGCCUGGCUCUCUACCUGCCAGGUCACAUGCAGCCUGCAGGCCAGUGUGAGAGUCACUGGCUGGGCCGGCUCAUGGCGGGAGGCUGCCUGCCACAGCCUGAGGGCACACCCUGGUCCCUGGACUUGCCACAGGGGACUCUGGGCCCAGGUAACAGCCAUUGCUCAGCCCUUCUGGAAGCCCAAUUGCCCAGGGACAGCCUGGGAAACACAGCUUCCAGCUCCAGCAUGGACCCAGCCAAGGGUGCCCCUUCCCAGCCCAGUCCCCCUGAGGGCUUGGGGCUCAGGCCCAAAAGGUCUUGGGGGGCCUCGGAAGAGGCCAUGUGUCCCUUGUGCAAGAAAACCCGCUCUGGGGCCCUGGAGAGGCUGUAGGGAUCCUGAGUGCCAGGUGUGGGGACAGGAGGAGAAAGAUGGCCAAGGAGGCUGGUCCAAAUCAGAAUGGCUCAGCCCCCAACAGUGGCCCCCCUGCACACUGAGAUGGCCCAGGCAGCUGUGUAGCACCAGAGCCUGUGCCAGCCUAGGGAUGUGUGAGGGGGGAGGGAGGACGACGCCCCAAGGGAGGGACAGAAGAAAUAGAAGCAUGGCUGUGCCCUUGCAGCCUGCUCAAACUCAAGUCAGCCACUUGAUGCUGGGAGGCAGGGCCAAGCAGAGAAUCUGUUCCAGAGAGGCCUGGGAACCCUCAGGUCUAAUCUCAAUAAAAGCCAAGGCCUGCACCUUCUUGUCAGUCUGUCUGCCAUCAUGCCAGUUCAGAAAAAUAGCCUGUGUGGCCCCCAGGGCUGGGUCUGCAGCACUCCCACCCUGGGAUCUUAAGAGUAGGCAGAGCUUCAACAUGCCUUGUGAGGAGUGUCAGUCUAGGCGAAGGGGCAAAAAGGACAAAAAAGGCCCGGAACUAGGGACAGACCAAGGAAGGCCAGGCAGUUAAGGGAAGAGAGUAGCCCAGGCAGAACUGUUGGCUUGGAGCCCAGGCUGUCUCUCUGGGGGUGUGAGUUCACUGCUCUGUGGACCUCAGCCCCUCCAGGCAGGACAAGCACAGCCCUCUCCUCUCACUGGCCUGGCUCCAGGCCUCAGGGCGUGAGAUUCCUCUACCCCAGUGUCUCAGCCUUGCAGGCGAACUUUGGAGACCAAGCCAUUCUUUCCUGUGUGUUGGAAGAUGUUUAGCAGCAUUUCUGGCUCCUACCUGCUAGGUGUCAGUACUGGUUUCCUGAAACCUUUGGUUUCGACUCCUUUGGGGGUUGAAUGACCCUUUCACAGGGGUCACCUAA